AUGACUGGGGAACAAUUUGUUGAGGAUUUUAUUAAAAGAUCACCAAUUUGUGUAAUUGCUAAAUCGUAUUGUCCAUAUUGUAUAAAACUAAUUGAAGUUUUAAAAAGUGCUGCAUAUGAAUUUAUUGUAGAAAACAUUGAUAGACAUCCUAAUAUGGAAGAAAUACAAGAUUAUUGCUUAAAAAUAACUGGUGCAAGAUCUGUCCCUAGAGUAUUUGUCAAUGGGUCUUGCAUUGGUGGUUGUGAUGACACUAUUUCCAAACUAUCAGAUGGUUCCUUUAAAAAGUUACUUGAAGAAACUACGGGGUAA